AUGAAGCUUCACAUCGUGCUCUUUGCUCUAGUGAUUCUAGGCCUCCUGGCCACCGCGAGACGGGGGGCCAACCUGUUGUGGGACGAGGCCGAGUCCCGCGUGGUUGGCUUCGACGUUGGCCUGUGCACCUGGACACCGGCCGUCAACAACACCGGCCCUCUUUACAACUUGUGCAACACUGUCCACUCUUCAACGACGGGGCUGAUCAAGUGA